CACGGCGCGGACGCAGCGGCGCGGGGAGCUCCCGGGUCGCGCCGGGCCGGCCGCGAUGGCGAAACGGCGAGGCGAGGCGGUGGCGUACUGCGCGCCCUGGGAGACCUUCGUGUCUCACGCGCCUUCGAAGCGCGCGCGGAGUGAGCCUGAGCUGAGAGAGCCGCGGUGCAGCAGGACGCCCUGGAGCGGCGGCGGCUGCAAGAAACGGAAGCGGGCGGAAGAGGACGAGGAAACGGCUGCAAAGCGGCCCGCCGCCCUGGAGCGGGGCGGGCCUGAGGAAGAGCAAGCUCCGGCGGCGAGCGGUGGCGUCCGAGAGGGAACGCUGACGCGGCGGCAAGAGCAACCCGGACCGCUGCGUGAGAGCGACGAGGCGGCUGGCUUAGGAGAAGCCCUGGCGCAUCUGUGCAACCACAAAACCAUGGCUGAGGAGCAUGAAGAUGACGUUUGGCACUACAACUCUUUCCAGUAUUGGAGAUCUCCAUUACCUGCCAUUGAUUUGUCUGAUAUUCUCAAUUUAGAAAAAGAGAACACAGUAAAAACAAGACACUUCAGCCGUGCUGGACUCUCAGAAAUGGAAACUUGAAAAAUGACCCAGUGGCAAAUCUAUUUUGCAAAAGCUGUUAAGGUUCUGUUAUAACUUGAGAAAAUAAGCAAAUCAAAUAAUCCUGAUGAAGAAAAAUAUAUUUUGAGGAAGAAAGAAGAAACAUUGACAGAAUUCAUCAAUAAGCUUUAUGUUUCCCCCAGUGGCAUACAGAAAGAAGAGAGGACAACUUUUAGAGGACCUGGGGAACAUUUGAAAAUACAUAGUGACAAAAAGGGUCUAUCACUUGUAAAAUGAAUGACACAGAAGGUGUGUCAAUAUAUGACUGAAGUAGAUGAAUGAAGUUUUAAGUCUGUGUUAUUUUUUGUUGCUAGAUCAGCGUAACCAAAAAUAAAAAUCAGCACUUCUAUGCAAACUGAAAACUAGACUGGCCAACUAGACUGCUAGAAUUGCCGCUGUAUAAAUUUUUCGUUACUGUUCAGGGGAACCAUCAACUGCUGUCUUUUUUUUUUUUUUUGGUAGACGUGAUCAAUACCUGCUUGUUUUGUUCUAUGGACUAUGAUGGAUAAAGAAAGCAAAUUAUCCAGUGUGAUGUGAAAUAAUUGGGUACACUUCUCAGGAUCUACUCCAGAAGGUGUUCCGGUCCUGUGUAGCUUAAUGCUUUGAUUCUGUCUUACUGUAAUUACUCUGUAACAUCUGAUUGACCUUGCUAGCAGUGAUGAUCAGCAGGACAGAUAUAAGCCAGCAUGGGACUCUCUGUUCCCCUCCCACUACUGCGGCCCAGCCCAGACAUAUUUUAAAAGCCAGUUCCUUAGGCUUGCCAGGUUUCUUGGGCCCUUGGAAUAUUGUCACUGUAGUUAUUCCCUUCUCACAGUGGUUCUAAAACAUCAGAGUUUUGGGGCAUGUGUAAACAUUAGGCCUUUCCAUUGUUACUUAACCUUCGUUCAAUUUGUAAAUGUUUCUUUGUUAACACACCAUAACUUUGUUGAUGUAUCAGAUAAAUCUUUUUAUUGAAUAUUGAAAUCUGCAUUAGAUCCUGUCAAAAGUAGUGAGUUUGUACUGAUUACCUUUUAUUUUGAUAACUUUAUUUUCCCUAUGUUAUCUGGAUACUGUGCAAGUAAAUAUUUUUUUGUG